AUGCCCCUGGGCCUGUACGGAAAUAGUCCCUUCUCUUCAACUCGACCACUUGUGCCACAGCAACCGCUCGCGUCGCCCCUCGCUCUGCUACAGACCUCUCUCGCACGUCCCUACGACCCGUCGCGAUCCCUCAAAAUGCCUGGUAUCGUCUCGGCGACCGGCGUCCUCGCCUUCCUCACCGAUGAGGAGCCGGAGCUCAAGGUUUUCGCCCUGCAGACCCUCAACGAUGACAUCGACACUGUCUGGACCGAGGUUGCUGCUGUGCUGAGCCAGAUUGAGGCUCUCUACGAAGACGAGUCCUUCCCCGAGCGGCAACUUGCUGCCCUCGUCCUUGCUAAGGUCUACUACCACCUCCAGGCAUACAAUGACAGCAUGGUAUUCGCGCUCGCCGCUGGCGACCUCUUCAAGCUUGAUGCUCCUGGCGAGUUUGAGGAGACCAUCAUCUCCAAGUGUGUCGACCAGUACAUCGCCACUACUGCUGCCAAGAAGUCGGCUCCCCAAGCCUCCAAGACGACUGACCUCCCUGAGCUUGCUACCACCUUCGCCAGCGGCACCGAUGCCGUGAUGUCGCCCACAACGCCUUUCUCACAGACGACUCUGCCCCCCAAGUCACUUCUGUCCCGCGACUCCAUCGACAACACCAUGCUCGAGGCGACCUUCCAGCCUGCGUUUAAGCAGGGUCGAUCCGGCUCUAUCGCUGAGCUCCCCUCUCAAGCCACUGACUCGCUGCAACGGGUAAUCGAUAGUCUCUUCGAGAGCUGCCUGCAAGAGGGUCGGUACAGGCAAGUGGUGGGUAUCGCUGUCGAGGCCAAGAACCUUGAUGUUCUCCGACGGGUCAUCAAGCGUGCGAGUGACGAUGAGAAGAAGGCCAAGUCCAACCCUCUGGAGAACGCUCCUGGCCCCACCGAGGACUUGAUGGAGUACACUCUUGGUAUCUGCAUGGACAUUGUUCAGGAGAGAGGCUUCCGAACUGAGAUCCUGAGCCUGAUUCUCGACCUUCUGAACGAAAUUCCCAAUCCCGACUACUUUGCGAUUGCCAAGUGUGUCGUGUACCUCAACUCCGACGUGGAAGCCUCCCGCAUGCUUCGCACUCUUGUUGAGAAUGGCGACCGCACCUCCAUCGCAAACGCCUACCAAAUUGCCUUCGACCUUUACGACAACGGAACACAGGAGUUCUUGGGCAAUGUCAUGGCGUCCCUUCCCUCUGGAGUCCAGGAGAAGCCGGCCACAGAUGAGAAUGCCGAGGAAUCCAACGAAAACCAAUCUCUACUGCAAAACAAGCAGGAGGCUCCCGAAGAUGAGCUUCCCGAUGAGACAGCCAAGGCCUACCGCAACAUCAGGUCUAUCCUCGACGGCAGCAAGACGAUCCGCCUGAACCUCGAGUUCCUCUACCGAAACAACCGUACCGAUCUGAGCAUCCUGAACAAGGUCCGCGAUAGCCUCGAGGGCCGAAACUCGAUCUUCCACACCGCUGUCACCUUUUGCAAUGCCUUCAUGAACCAGGGAACUACCAACGACAAGUUCUUUCGCGACAACCUCGAGUGGCUGGGCAAGGCUGUGAAUUGGUCCAAGUUCACCGCUACUGCCGCGCUUGGUGUCAUUCACCGAGGCAACCUCACCCAGUCCCGCAAACUGCUUGAGCCCUACCUUCCUAGGCAGGGUGGACUUAGCAGUGGCUCCAUCUUCAGCCAGGGUGGUGCUCUCUACGCAUAUGGACUCAUCCAUGCCAACCACGGCGACGAGGCCUUGGAUUAUCUUAAGAAUCAAUUCGGCCAGGCGGAGGAGGAGGUUGUUCAGCAUGGCGGUGCUCUUGGUCUCGGUAUUGCCGGGAUGGCCACUGGGGACUGGGAAAUCUUUGAGAAGCUCCGAGAGGUUCUGUUCCAGGACUCUGCUCUCAAUGGUGAGGCUGUUGGUCUGUCGAUGGGUCUCAUCAUGCUGGGCACCGGAAACGGCAAGGCUCUGGAGGACAUGAUCACCUAUGCUCACGAGACCACACACGAGAAGACUGUUCGCGGCCUUGCCAUUGGUAUGGCUCUCAUCAUGUAUGGUCGCCAGGAGGGAGCCGAUGUCCUUAUCGAGGGUCUCCUCAACGACCCUGAUCCGACACUGCGAUAUGGUGGUAUCAUGACUGUUGCCCUUGCCUACUGUGGCACUGGCAGCAACAAGGCCAUUCGAAAGCUUCUUCACAUUGCCGUGAGCGACGUCAACGAUGAUGUGCGCCGAAUUGCGGUUAUGAGUUUGGGUUUCAUUCUCUUCCGCAAGCCGGGAAGUGUUCCUCGCAUGGUUGAGCUUCUGUCCGAGUCUUACAACCCCCACGUCCGAUAUGGUUCCGCCAUGGCCCUUGGUAUCUCGUGUGCUGGCACUGGUCUUGACGAGGCCAUCGACCUCCUUGAGCCCAUGAUGAAGGAUCCUACCGACUUUGUUCGACAAGGAGCCUUGAUCUCCCUUGCCAUGAUUCUCGUUCAGCAGAACGAGGUCCUGAACCCCAAGGUGUCGUCUAUCCGCAAGACUCUCAAGAAGGUGGUUGGUGAUCGCCACGAGGAUGCCAUGACCAAGUUUGGUGCUGCCCUCGCUCUGGGUAUCAUCGAUGCCGGUGGCCGCAACUGCACCAUUGGCCUCCAGACUCAGACGGGUAACCUCAACAUGGCAGGUAUUGUCGGUAUGGCCGUCUUCACUCAGUACUGGUACUGGUUCCCCUUCACACACUUCCUGUCCCUGAGCUUCUCGCCCACAUCCAUCAUCGGACUGGACCACGACCUGGAGAUCCCCGACUUCAAGUUCCACUGCGCGACACGACCCAGCCUCUUCGAGUACCCGCCUGAGCAAGAGGUCAAGGCCGAGGAGGGACCCGCUAUGAUCGCCACUGCUAUCCUGUCGACAACUGCCCAGGCUAAGCGACGUGCCCAGAAGAAGGAACGUGCUCAGCGAAGAGAGAGCAUGGACAUCGACAGCGCCCCUCCUAAGAACGUCGGCGACAAGAUGGACGUGGAUGAGGAGAAGAAGACAGAAGAGGCCAAGGACAAGAAGGAGGGUCAAGAGAAGGAAGCGGCCGCCUCGACCGACAUCAAGAAGAAGCCUGAGAAGGAGAAGGUUGGCUACGAGAUUGAGAACAUGACACGAGUCCUCCCUGGCCAACUCAAGUACAUUAGCUUCCCGGCUGGCCGAUACAAGCCUGUCAAGAAGCCUACCGGUGGCCCUCUGCUGCUCCAUGACACGCAGCCAGAUGAAGAAAAGUCCCUUUUGGAAGAGAAGCUCAAGAAGGUGACAAUCGAGCGGGCCCCUGUUGUUGGUCAGCAACCCACUCGUGGUGGACGAUCUGACCAGAGACGGUCGCUGCUUGAGGGCCUUGUCGACCCCUCGCGGCCAGGAUCUAACAGCGCCAUGAUCGGACAGCUCCUGCGCAACCAGAGCCGAGGUUUCGCCCACUUGGGAGCUGAGCCCCAGACCCCUGGCAAUGUGGGAUCUGGUGCUGCCGCGGCCGCAGGUGUGCUAACGGCGGUUGACGAGGAUAAUGAGGGCGAUGAGGAGGCCAAGACACCUCGUGAGUUCGAAUACUUCUCCGACGGUGAUGACGACGACGAUGAGGAGGAGGAAGAAUAA